AUGAGUUGGCCAUCGUUACCAGCUCGAGCAGGCUACCUUGCGCUCAAGAACGGCCGACGAAGGAAUGCGUUGUCUCUAGCCGUCCUGAGAGACCUACGCGACCAGCUUCAUGCUUACAACACAUCACCACUGGAUGGCAGGCUGAGGUUUCUGCCUCCAUUCAAGCCCGAAAUCCUAUCACAACUGGAGACAGCAGCGAAAGAUCUGAGAUCCGACACCAAUAAAGAAUAUGGCUGGCUCCUUCAUUCUACUGAAUGGCUGGAACAUCGUCAGGGGCUGCCGAAAGUGAUUGUGCUACGAAGCGAAGGCUCCGUGUUCUCGUCGGGUCACGAUCUCGGUGAACUACGAACCCUAAGCCACGACGAGGUCAAAGAAACAUUUGCACUCUGCGCAGAAGUUAUGUCUCUGAUUAGAAGGUCUCCUGCACCGGUGAUCGGAGUCAUCCAAGGUUUAGCCACCGCAGCAGGAGCCCAGCUUGCAUUUACAACCGACCUUCCCGUUGCGUGUGCCUCUACUCAACUUCGACUGCCCGGGGCGUCCAUCGGUCUACCCUGUACCUCUCCGUCCACCGCGGUAUCUCGACGGCUGGGCCAUGCCUUCACGUACAAGAUGCUGGCAUUGGCGGAGCCUGUGCGGGCUGAUCAGUUACCUGGCGGAGCGGUUGAGGUCGUGGCGGACGACGCAGCGCUUGAGGACAGGGUCGCUGAGAUGGUUGGCCAACUGGCUGAAAAGACUGCAGGACAAUCUCAAGCACUAGGCAAGUGGGGAUACUGGACACAAGUGUCGCUGACCGGGCGCGAGUCGGGAGGCGACGGGUAUGAAGAUGCCGUGGCAUGGACUGGGAGGCUCAUGGCAUUGCAUGCGCGAUCGGAUGAUGCGCGGGAAGGCAUAGAUGCUUUUUUCGAGAAACGAGUGCCUGAAUGGAAGACAUGA